AUGGCGUCCGAAACUCUCCUAUGCUUGGAUCCUAGCAUUCUCGCGCUGACGAUUUGCGUCUUGGUGAGCUGCCGCACUUCUUCGGAGAGCAGCUAUAGUCUGCUCAACAUCGACCAAAAAUUGUUGAAGCAAACUCUUGGCGAUCAGUGCUAUGAGUCUACCGAAGACUUCCGACCAGAUGCCUACCGUAUCGGCCUCUCAGAGUCGAAGCGGGAGUUGCGAGAUGCCAAAGCCAUGGGCCACGAAUCAGCUGGGUAUCUCAGCUGA